UAUCCUUACGUAGACGCGCCAGAAGUAAAUGAUCACCACCUCCAACCUCUACCACGUGGUAGAGGCCAUGGCGCCGCUCUACACCGCCAUGGCCCUCGGCUACGCCGCCGUCCGGUGGUGGCGCGUCCUCUCCCCCGACCAAUGCAACGGCAUCAACCACUUCGUCGCCCUCUUCCCUCUCCCCAUCCUCGCCUUUCGCUUGAUCUCCUCUAACAAUCCUUACACCAUGAACACCCGCCUCCUCGCCGCCGACUCCCUCCAGAAGCUCUUCCUCCUGGCCGCCCUCUUCGCAUGGUCAUAUAUCCGCCGUGGUGGCGGCGCCGCCGCCGCCCUUCCUUGGGUCAUCACUGUCUUUUGUCUUGCUACUCUGCCCAACACUGUUAUCAUGGGGAUCCCGCUUCUCCGCGGCAUGUACGGGCCUGCCGCCGGGCAGCUUAUGGUUCAAAUUGUCGUGGUUCAGAGCGCUUUCUGGUGGAACUUCGUCCUCUUUCUGUAUGAGUAUAUAUCAGCUCGCCAUGACAUCAUGGAGCAGGAGCAGAUGAACAGCAAUCAUGCAAUGGAGUUUCCGCCACUGAUGUCAGUAUGGCGCGUUCCAGUGACGGUCGGAAGGAAACUAAUCAGGAUGCCAAGAACUCAUGCUGCGAUUCUUGGUCUUUUAUGGUCUUUAAUUGCUUUCAGGUUGGGGAUCAAAAUGCCGGCAAUUAUAGAUGAUUCACUUUCAAUAAUCUCAGUUACAGCCACAGGAUUAAGCAUGUUCUGUGUAGGUACCUUCAUAGCCCAACAGUCAAAAUUUAUUUCAUGUGGCUAUUCGAUGGCAACGUUUGCCGUGAUAGUCAAAUUUAUUGUAGGCCCUGGAAUCAUGGUCGCAUCCUCACUUGCUGUUGGACUGCAAGGCUUGCUUCUGCAUGUAGCUGCUGUACAGGCGGCUCUUCCUCUUGCAACUGUUUCUUUUGUCUAUGCAAAGGAAUACAAUGUGCAUCCAGACAUAAUGAGUUCUGGGGUUAUCAUCGGGACCUUUAUAUCUGUUCCAAUCACAAUCCUCUACUAUAUUUUAUUGGGACUACAAGGUGAAGACAGUUGAUGUAUGUAAGCAGCUCCUCAUCGCCCAACCUUGCCACCAUGGCACUGGACCUAAUCCUAUGUUUGCAAUUGUUGAUUCUUUAAUUCAGAAAUCAUAAUUCAUCCCUUUCUUUUGGUUUAAUAUUCUAAAUUUGAAGAGCAGUUAAUAGGAUACUGGAAGGCACAGUGCAAAGAUGGGAGACAUCAGUAGUUUGGAGAUAUCAGGAACUUGAACAUUUUCCAUUCGUACUAGAACUUAUAAGCUCCAUGUCCUUUUGGACUGGAUAAAUCAUCAAAAUGUAGCUCUGUAAACUUUUGUCCAAGAUUUUAGCUUUUGAUUUUAAGCAUGCAAAUCCUCAGAAUGUAAUUGUUUGUACUACAUCCAAGAUGCAAUGCAAAUUACUAUUAGAAAUUCUCUGU